AUGUUGUUUCGUUUCAGAACUCGUUCCUUGUCUGCUUUGGCGGUCUUGGCACUCUCCGGCGCCCGUACCGCGUUCGCCUGCUCCUUCUCUGCGAACUUUGGAAGCGGCACCAGCCUCGAUAACUCUGGAACGGAGACUUUCAAUGUGGCGCCGAAUGCAGUCACCACGUGUACCGUAAGCUGUGAUUCAGGAUUCGUAGGCCUUGUCCAAUUGUACAUUCGAUAUGGUGGAAGCGCGAGCUUCCUCCUCAAUGAUGGGAACGACUUUGCUACUAUUGGUUGCGGCGUGACAGUCCCAAUCGUCAGCGCGGAUGAAGAGUACGACCUAGGGUGGCAGCUGGUUGCGGACGCACCAACCGGGUACAAUAACCUGGCCGUAUCUUGCACUUGCACUCAGGCAGGAGAUGGCGAUGAUCGCUUCUUUGGCAUCGUAGAGGUUCCCGACGGUGCCUGCUUUUCCGAAUCUGCAAUGGUCCAAGUACAGGAUAGAGGUGACGUUGCCAUGCAGGAUCUAAGUGUUGGAGACAGAAUUCUUGUCGGCAAUGGCAAAUAUGAGCCAGUCUACGGCUUUGGACACCGUCAUGAGACAACGGAGAACAAGUUCUUGCGUAUCUACACCAAGCAAAAUGGCAAGACUCCCUUGGAGAUGACAGGGGACCACCUAGUCUUCAUUGAGAAAGAUGGUCAACAAAGGUCUGUCCGUGCCGAUUCACUUGAGAAAGGUGAUUCCUUGGCCCGUUCUGGGGACCAGGAGGACACCGUCACCAAGAUUUCAAGCAUCAAAAAGAAAGGUGUCUACAUGCCAUUGACGCCCAGUGGAAAGCUCGUUGUCAAUGGAAUCGUGGCAUCAGCCUAUGUAUCUAUUUUGGAGGAAGAAGCCCCAAAGAUCACAGCACUUAAGACAUACUUUGGUCUUCAUUCUGACGAAACAAUCAUCCAUUGGUGGCUCUCCCCUUACAGAAUGAUCUGCAUGGGAAUCUCAUCUUCAUUUUGCACGGACAAUGCUCACAAUGAGGAAGGAAUUAUGAACUGGUUGCUUGUGGGACGUCAGUUGGCUUUGUUGGGGGAGAAACAGAUUGUGAUGGUCCAGGUCAUGGUUUUUGCUGUCCCACUUUUCACAGUUUUUUCUAUCUUCAAUUUGGUUGAGUUUCUGUUUGGAGCUGGUUUGGCACCAACCAUGUUGGCCUUGACAGCUGGCCUUGUCUGGUUUAUGCAUCGUGCCAAGAAUAGCAACAUGAAGAAGAAGCUUGCCUAG